AUGACUAUCAACAAAAGACCCAAUUUUGUCAUCAUCGUUGCAGAUGACUUAGGAUUCACUGAUUUGAGUGCCUUUGGUGGCGAAAUCGAUACCCCCAAUUUGGCCAGAUUGGCAGACAAUGGCCUCAGGUUCACCGAUUUCCACACUGCUUCUGCAUGCUCUCCAACCAGAUCAAUGCUUCUCUCGGGAACCGAUAACCAUAUUGCUGGAUUGGGCCAGAUGGCCGAGUUUGCUCGCCAUUUACCUGAGCUUUUUCAAGGGAAACCAGGUUACGAGGGCUACUUGAAUUACAGGGUAGCAGCAUUGCCAGAAAUACUACAAGACCAUGGUUACUACAAUUUUAUUAGCGGGAAAUGGCAUUUGGGCCUUACUAAAGAGUACUGGCCUUCGGCCAGAGGAUUCGAGAAGUCCUUUACUUUGUUGCCAGGUGCUGGAAACCACUACAAGUAUUUCCCCCUUGAUGAAAAGACAGGGGACACGAUUGAUUUUAUGAAACCGUUGUUCCAGGAAAAUGGCGAAAACUUCGACCCCUUUACUUUGCCAGACGGUUAUUACAGUACCAAGUACUUUACCGAUAAGUUCAUUGAGCAGUUGAACGACGAUGUUAGAAAGGACAGACCUUUCUGUGGUCUUUUGACUUAUACUGCUCCUCAUUGGCCAUACCAGGCGCCAGAGGAAGUGGUUCAAAAAUAUAAAGGCAUAUACGACAAUGGCCCAUCACAAUUGAGAAAGAAGAGAUUGGCCCGUGCAGCCGAGUUGGGCAUUAUUCCUGAAAAUGUCACCCCUCACGAGGUUUUAAGUCAAAGAGCCAAAGCAUGGAAAGACUUAACACCAGAAGAGAAGGCAACUGAGGCAAGAAUCAUGGAAGUUUAUGCCUCUAUGGUUGAUAUACUCGACCAGAACAUCGGACGGGUGGUUUCAAGCUUAGAGGAGUCUGGAGAACUUGAUAACACACUUAUUUUGUUCAUGUCAGACAACGGCGCAGAGGGCAUGUUUAUGGAGGCAUUGCCGCUCCACAAUGAAAGAUUCCAAGCUUCUGUGGACAUAUACUAUAACAACAAGUACGAGAAUAUCGGCCGUGGCGACAGCUUUACGUGGUAUUCUGAUCAAUGGGCUCAAGCAGCGACCGCUCCAUCUUACAUGCAUAAGGGCUGGAAUAGCGAAGGUGGAAUCCGCUGCCCGUUAAUUGCACACUUUCCAAACCAUAUCAAGGAGAAAGGUGCCGUUAAACAUGAAUUCAACACUGUGAUGGACAUUUUGCCCACUGUUCUAGAUUUAGCCAAGAUCGAGCACCCCGGUACGACUUUUAGAGGACGAACCGUCGUCCCACCUCGAGGAAAAUCGUGGAAGAAAUAUUUAAGCGGUGAAUCACAAGAGAUACACGACGACAAUACGGUUACAGGAUGGGAGCUUUUCUCGCAGCAGGCUAUCCGCAAAGGAAAGUACAAGGCGCUUUUUAUUCCAAAGCCGUUAGGACCCGACAAGUGGCAAUUGUUUGAUCUUGGAUCAGAUCCAGGCGAAACGAAAGACUUGUCGGAAGAACAGCCAGAGAAAUUGGCUGAGCUAGUGGACCACUGGUCUUUAUAUGUCGCAGAAACAGGACUUGUGGAGUGUACGGCAGAGCUUCAUGGAAAGUUCGGAACUGUGAAAGGACCUAGCUUAGUGGAGAAAUAG